GACAUUGCUAAUAGACGAAUAGGCAGUUCUGAAAGACAGAGGAGAUAGGAAUAUAAUGACUCAGGAUAGAGCCUGCGAAGUAACGUGCUCUGGAAGGCUUCCUGAGAAUAUGCAGGGGCUGGUUUCAUGGGAGAGCAGGGUUUCAGCAGUGAGGGGUGGGAACGUGUGCCCCGGGCUUCUAGCUGACUGUUGGGGGGUGGGGGGGACACCCUGGAGCCCUGCAGGUGAGAGGCCGGGCCACGCCGGAUGCAGGGGUCGCCCGAGGCCGAGCAUCACGCAUUGAGAAGGGGGCCAGUGAACACAGGGAGGCUGCCCGUCUGUCCACUCCCGAGGCUGGAUUCACACACCAGACCCUGGAAAAGCUCACAUUUUCCCAGCUUUUCUCACCCAGAAUCAUUUCCUUUGUUUAGAGGAGGGGGUGGGGGAGGAGACGGAGGGCGAGGAGGGAGGGGCCCGCGGGUGCCGCCGCCGCCCCCGCCCCUCCCGGUGUGCCGAGCCGGCUUUUCACUCAGCUCCCGCGCCGGGGGCGACGGAGGCGCCGGCGCCCGAGUCCAGUCCCAGCCAGCGACCGUCCCCCUGGAUCUGACAGGCUGGCCCUAGAUCGUGCAGGCAUCCCCGGAGCGGGCGGUUGCCGACGGCGUCGAGCUGGGAGGGCGCUUGGACACGACCGUUCAGGCGGCUAGGAGCUCUGCCAGCUCUGGUGACCUUGGGCAGGCCUCCCCACCCCAGGCUUCCGUGACCACAGGUGCCUGCCUCCUGACCCUUGGUGCCCGUCUGCUGAUGUGCCUGGCCUGUGCCUGCCAUGCCGCCCUCCAUCUCGGCCUUCCAGGCCGCCUACAUUGGCAUCGAGGUGCUCAUCGCCCUGGUCUCUGUGCCCGGGAACGUGCUGGUGAUCUGGGCAGUGAAGGUGAACCAGGCGUUGCGGGAUGCCACCUUCUGCUUCAUUGUCUCCCUGGCGGUGGCUGAUGUGGCUGUGGGCGCUCUGGUCAUCCCGCUAGCCAUCCUCAUCAACAUCGGGCCACGGACCUACUUCCACACCUGCCUCAUGGUCGCCUGCCCGGUCCUCAUCCUCACCCAGAGCUCCAUCCUGGCUCUGCUGGCAAUUGCCGUGGACCGCUACCUCCGCGUCAAGAUCCCCCUCCGGUACAAGACGGUGGUGACUCCCCGGAGGGCGGCCGUGGCCAUCGCCGGCUGCUGGAUUCUCUCCUUCGUGGUGGGUCUGACGCCCCUGUUCGGCUGGAACCGGCUCGGGGAGGUGGAGCGGGCCUGGGCAGCCAACGGCACCGAGGGCGAGCCCGUGAUUGAGUGCGAGUUUGAGAAGGUUAUCAGCAUGGAGUACAUGGUCUACUUCAACUUCUUUGUCUGGGUGCUACCGCCGCUGCUGCUCAUGGUCCUCAUCUACCUGGAGGUCUUCUACCUGAUCCGCAAGCAGCUCAACAAGAAGGUGUCGGCCUCCUCUGGUGACCCGCAGAAGUACUACGGGAAGGAGCUGAAGAUUGCCAAGUCGCUGGCCCUCAUUCUCUUCCUCUUCGCCCUCAGCUGGCUGCCCCUGCACAUCCUGAACUGCAUCACCCUCUUCUGCCCUUCCUGCCAGAAGCCCAGCAUCCUCACCUACAUUGCCAUCUUCCUCACCCACGGCAACUCGGCCAUGAACCCCAUCGUCUAUGCCUUCCGCAUCCAGAAGUUCCGGGUCACCUUCCUUAAGAUUUGGCAUGACCAUUUCCGCUGCCAGCCCACACCCCCCGUUGACGAGGACCCCCCCGAAGAGGGGCCCCACGACUAGACUCCACCUUCCGAUCCUGCCUGCCCACAUCGGGGGCAUCUCAGCCCAGUCCCACCUCCCCACUGGUCCCGCUCUUGAGCCUUCCUGGCUGGGCUGUGGGGUGUGGGUGCCCUGUACCUCGGGUCCUGGAGGAGGUUUGGGAGGGUGGUCCAUGGGGAAGGAACCAGGUAACCUGAGGAGAGGAGGAAAGUGGCUUGAGCCUCCCCAGCUGUGUGACCAUCCUACGGGCAACCCAGUGCUUCGGGCUGGACGGACCUGGGGAGACUGAGGCUGCAAAGGGGCCAUGUGGGCUGGGAGGGCAAGCUUGGGCUCCCAUGGCAGUCAGGGGAGCCUGCUUGUCUCUGGUGGUAGUGGGUCAACCCUGGGACCAAGCCUAAGGAGAGGAGAGGAUCCCCUCCAAGAUGGAGGGAGGGAGAGAAACUGGACAUCAUGGUUUUGCUUUCUCUCCUUUCUGUAGAAGGUGGCAGAGCCACUGAGGGGCAGGAAUCAUGGAGCCUCAGUCCCCGCCUCCCAGGACCCUGAGCGGUAGCCAUGCCGGGUGCCAGGGUGUCUGCUCUCCCUGCCCCGGGGAGCCCAGGUUUAUACUUGGAAGAGGCAGAAAGAGUGGGUUCAGAAAUCAUUCCCAACUUUUGCUUUAUUCUCCACCAGCCCUGGGACCCUGAAUGGGGGCUCCAAGCCCCCUGGAGUUCAUGUGGAGUUUAAGAGCCGGCCUCGCACAGCCACCGGGUGGCAGCACUGAGCCCUUGCCCUGGUCCGGCGUGUCCCAGUGUCCCAAGGAGGAGCUUGGGCUAUAACUACCUGUCAUCUGGGCUACCAGCCCCACUAAGCCCCUGAUGAUGGCCUGAACUCUCCUAAGUGACACCCAUCUCUGCUGUUUCUGGGCCAGAUGGAGAGGAGAGGCCCAGACAUGCCAACAUGAGGGAGCAUUCUGCCUGCCUUUGUGGGGGGGCGGUGGACAAGGGAAAGUGCUGACCGUGGGUACUCAUGGGAUGACUUGUGACAGGCCAGGGGAGACCACACCCCUGAGAGUGAGGCAGGGAGGUCUCGCUGGCAUUUAAAUGUCCCCAGUAUCCCUGGCACUAGUUUUCAGGGGCUUUGGGGCUCUGUGGCACAGUGUAGGCUUCAGAACAUCCAGGGAAGAGUCCACCCUCUGCCAGGCUCUGGGGGCCCUUGUACGGAGGAGUGGGGGUGGGGUUCUGUGCGUGGUUCCAGGCCCUUCCCUUUCUCGGAGGUAGGAUGUGCCCUGGCUCCCAGGGAGGGCCACCUGACUAAUAAAGACCGUGAACCCUGAUGGAGAGCAUGCCCCUGGCUCCCCACCCCCACCGCCAUCUGAGGGAAGCAGACAACCUCAGCAGAAGAGAGUGGGGGGUGGGGGGCGUGGGGGGGCGAAGCAGGGAGGGGGGUAUGGAGGCGUUCAGAGCAAGGAGGGUUCCAGAGAAGAGUGUGUCUCUUCCUAUAGUUAUGCUCUUGGCAUAGAAAACCCUGAAUGUGAAAGCAAGAUGUUAAAAAUCUCAUGUCUGGA